UCGAUUUACAUUUACGGAGAGAGGUGCUAAUUUCUGUAUGAUCUUUAAUAGAUAUUUACAUUUCAAAAGAAUUUGGUUUCAGACUGAAUAUAAAAGGUCAGGUAGUUUGGCGGGACAAUGACCUUGGCUAAAUGUUUGCUUUUCUCUGGCCCUCUGAUGUGCUCUGGUGAUCAGAGGGGCCAUUCAGAUGCCUGCAGUGGUCAGGGGUCAUCAAAGGGCAGCUGUCCACUAUAAAAGGCCUGUCUGGAGCUCCGUCUGCACAAAGCAUCACUUCAGCCUGAGACCAGCUGGAGGAAGGAACGAGAUCUUUGCUCCUUUCUCAUUCUUGUUAGGCUAGAUUUUUGAGAGUUUCAUUUAAAAUGGAUGUCAGAGUCCUCGCAGCUUUUUGCAUCCUCUGUCUCUGUUUUUGCGGAGCUGUUGCCUCCACUCAGGGUCACAGAUAUCACACCGGCCUCGAGAGCAGUUUAGCUUUCAGAAAUCUAUCAGUUAAUCAUCGCAGCAGAUAUCCUCUGUACAUGAUGCAGCUGUACCGCUCCUUCAGGACUGCUGAUUCCUCCUCGUCGUUAGCUGUCAACACCGAUGCUACACAAAGUGACAACCUGUCGGCGCGUAGCUCCGAUUCUGUCGUGAGUCUAAUGGCCAGAGGUUGUCAUCAAGUGGGUGAAAGAUGGACAGUCACAUUUGACAUGUCAUCCAUCUCUACUAAUGAGCUCGUCCAGCAGGCAGAACUUCAGAUCAGAAUACCGGCUUUCUCUGCCUCUAAGCAAGCCACCGUGGAUUUAUAUCACUCCCGGAAGCAGAGCUGCGACCUCGACAGCACGUCAUGUCUGGAUGAGCAGCUUUUCUUGGGGAGCUUUGGCACGUCACCCAGCAGUGCAAAGUCUUCCUGGAAGGUGUUUAAUGUGACUGCUCUUUUGAAAUACUGGCUGUAUCAGGGAGAGGAAGUGUUGAGCCAAGAGGCCUCAGGGGAACCCGAGAGAGAAGCCGGGAGCGGUGCUGGGGAUGAAAGGAAAAUGACUGACAAUCCUCUCUUCAAACAUUUGGGAUUGAGGCAAAGAAAGAUUCACCAUCCAACCACAAACAGGGUCAUGAUGGUCAUCUUCUCCAAACAGAAUCGGCAUCAUGAAGGCGACUCGGCUUACAGCCUCAUUCAUACUGUGGAGAACUCCAAGUACGUGACCAUGGACAGAGUCAACAGUGAGGGUCAAAGUCGGCGGCACAAGAGGAACAGGAUGGAGAGGAUGCGAGUAGCUGCUGGAGCUGCGCCUACUGUGACACCAGCAGCUGAGACGGUCCAGAAGCCGUUGUGUCGGAAGGUGGACAUGUGGGUGGACUUCGAGCACAUCGGCUGGGACGAGUGGAUUGUGCAUCCUAAGCGCUACAAUGCGUUUCGCUGUGAGGGAGAGUGUCCUACACCACUGGAUGAGACUUUCCACCCUACCAACCAUGCAUACAUGCAGAGCCUUUUGCGACACCACCAUCCAGACAGAGUGACCUGCCCGUCCUGCGUGCCAACGCGCCUCAGCUCGCUGUCCAUGCUGUACUACGAGAAUGAUGAUUUGGCCCUGCGACAUCACGAGGACAUGAUUGUAGAAGAGUGUGGCUGCCACUGAAGACAGUCCAUCACCACUGACAACACAUACACUUGAACUUUAAUUCAACUGUUGUGAUGUAAACAUUACUAUUAAAAUAUUAAACUAAGAGUUCCACAUUACGGCCUUUUACAAUAAGCAACAGCAGGGUUGUUAAGGUGGAAUGACUCAAAAUAAUUUUCAUCACUACUGAAACACAAUAGUAUUAUUUAUCUUUAGUAUCACUAUAGCACCACUAUGCAAAUAUUAAAUGUUUUAUACAUAAUAUUUAUACGUUAUCAUGUAUAUGUUGUACAUAA